GUUCCUUCCGAACCACUGGUGGCAUCAAUUCGAGCAACCGUUUGAGCAGACGGCAUCACUCAACGUUUGGUCCUAUGAAGCCCCCGACACACCUCCGGUGAGUUUGCGUGACAAGCGUAUGCGGGGCAUUGCGAUUCAGAACUUUAUGGAAGCCAAGAUGGUCGAACUUUUCAAGAAUAAGGCCGGUGUCUUGCUUAAAGUUCUUGCUGAUCCAGCCAAGCGUGCUUCGAAGAAGGGCGCGCAGGAGAAGCUCUUGCAGAAAGCCAAUGCGAGCCUGUUUGAAACGGCAGAAAAUGGACGAAGAUGGGUUGAUAGAACCUUUGGUACAUCUGGGGUGCUGGAAUCCUCUGCGCGCCUGGUGGAGAGGUUUUUGGAGCUGCACCGGUAUUUGCCACGCUUGUCGGGGUGGAAGCCGGGCCAAGAGUGGGACAUGUCCGCCUUGGUUCCCCUGGAAGAUCACCUCGCGGCCCGCUGCCAGCCUGCGGCACGCACGGCCACCUUUGCCAGCGUUUGCUACACUAAGUGACUCAGUGUCCGGCGGUCAGCGAAAA